AUGACAGUCAACAAUAAACCGAAACUGAUAGUCCUAAUAAGACACGGAACUAGCGAAUGGAACGAGAAUGAGGAGGUGAUUACGAAGGUUCCGGCGCAUUUGAUUGGUCUAACAGAGGUCGGCAGGGAACAGUCAAUACUUAGUGGACUGGCCUUACUCAAAACGCUGAACCUGGAUGGUGUCGACAGUGUAGCACAGGGUUACCACUUCAAGAAGGUAGAAGACCAGUCGUUGAGCGGGCUGGUCACUCAGCGUACCGGUUACGAUCCGCAAAAACUGGACAAAUUGAACUUGACAGUGUAUAUAUCCCCCUUCAAAUGCGCUAGGGAAACGUCCAAGGGUGUUUUGGACGUGAUUGAGAAAUACAACUUUUUGAAACAGGGGGUAUGCAAUGGAGAUACGAGUCCUGCAGAGGUCUCUUUCAACCCUUGUAAGAAGAGGAAACAUGCUGUGUGGUCACAUGAUGUCGUUCAGGGGGAAUCUGAAAUCACUCGCUUCAUAGACUUGAAAGUUAGAGAGGAUCCACGGUUGAGGGAACAGGAUUUUGGUAAUUUCAAAGAUAUUCAAACAAUGAAGGACGUGAUGAGUCUAAGGAGCCACUAUGGAGAGUUCUUCUUCCGGUUCUUGCAAGGUGAGAGCGCCGCGGAUGUAUUCAACCGCGUUGCAAACUUCCAUGAUUCGAUGUUCAGGACUUUUCGCACGAAUGCAGAAUCAGGGGACGGGGACUGGAACGAUGUGUUCGUGAUCAUAACUCACGAUAUAUUCUUGCGCGUGUUCCUGAUGCGAUGGUUUAGGUGGACGUACGAAGAGUUUGAAACUAUAGCUAAGCUCCCCAAUGGGUGCUUGAUCGUCAUGGAACUCGACGAAGCCACAGAUACGUAUAUUUUGAAGACGGAGAUACCAAAGACUCAAAAACAUCACUCACACCUGUGA